AGGCGCAGUAUUCCCCCUCCCCCCAGCUCGACCCCGGAGUGGUGCGCAGGCGCAGUCUGCGCGGGGACUGGCGGGACUGCGCGGCGGCAACAAACAUGUCGGGAGUCCGGGGCCUGUCACGGCUGCUGAGGGCUCGGCGCCUGGCGCUGGCCAAGGCUUGGCCAACAGUGUUGCAAACAGGAACCCGAGGUUUUCACUUCACUGUUGAUGGGAACAAGAGGACAUCUGCUAAAGUUUCAGAUUCUAUUUCUGCCCAGUAUCCAGUAGUGGAUCAUGAAUUCGACGCAGUGGUGGUAGGCGCUGGAGGGGCAGGCUUGCGAGCCGCAUUUGGCCUUUCUGAGGCAGGGUUUAAUACAGCGUGUGUUACAAAGCUGUUUCCUACCAGGUCACACACUGUUGCGGCGCAGGGAGGAAUCAAUGCUGCUCUGGGGAACAUGGAGGAGGACAACUGGAGGUGGCAUUUCUACGACACCGUGAAGGGCUCCGACUGGCUGGGGGACCAGGAUGCCAUCCACUACAUGACAGAGCAGGCCCCUGCCGCUGUGGUCGAGCUAGAAAAUUACGGCAUGCCAUUUAGCAGAACUGAAGAUGGAAAGAUUUAUCAGCGUGCAUUUGGUGGACAGAGCCUCAAGUUUGGAAAGGGCGGACAGGCCCAUCGGUGCUGCUGUGUGGCUGAUCGGACCGGCCACUCGCUAUUGCAUACCUUAUAUGGAAGGUCUCUGCGAUAUGAUACCAGCUAUUUUGUGGAGUAUUUUGCCUUGGAUCUCCUGAUGGAGAACGGGGAGUGCCGUGGUGUUAUCGCACUGUGCAUAGAGGACGGGUCCAUCCAUCGCAUAAGAGCAAAGAACACUGUUGUUGCCACAGGGCUACGGGCGCACCUACUUCAGCUGCACAUCUGCCCACACCAGCACCGGCGACGGCACGGCCAUGAUCACCAGGGCGGGACUUCCUUGCCAGGACCUAGAGUUUGUUCAGUUCCACCCCACAGGCAUAUACGGUGCUGGUUGUCUCAUUACGGAAGGAUGUCGUGGAGAGGGAGGGAUUCUCAUUAACAGUCAAGGCGAAAGGUUUAUG